UUAAACCCUACUCCUUCUCCCACUCCUCCUCUUCUCUUCUCUCUUCCCUCUCUCUCUCUCUCUACGCCACCGUUUCGAAUCGCUUCCGUUCAUAUACCUCAACACUCCGAUCAGACGGUCGAAUCAUAUCACGUCACAGGUUGAUUAUAAAAGACAGAAUUUGAGAAAGGGUGUCGCAGUUUCUAAUUAAUUAAAGAGAGCAAUGCUUGAAGCUGCAUAUAGGAAUAGUUCAAUAGAGUGGAAACCGUCACCUGUUAUAGCCCUAGCCACAAGUGUAGACGACUCUCAAGUCGCUGCCGCACGUGAGGAUGGUUCUCUUGAGAUUUGGCUCGUCUCUCCUGGCUCCGUUGGUUGGCACUGCCAGCUGAGUAUUCAUGGAGAUCCUAAUUCGAGAGUUUCUUCGCUUGUUUGGUGUCGAGGUGAUGGCACUAAAGGAUUACCUUGUGGCAGGUUGUUUUCUUCGAGUAUUGAUGGUUCUGUUUUACAAUGGGAUCUUUUUCACUUGAAGCAGAAGACUGUUCUAGAAUCAAUUGGUGUCUCCAUUUGGCAGAUGGCUGUUGCACCAUCUAGUAAUUUGCUAAGUGAUGCAAAUAAUGAGUCUCAGCACCUUGGAAAUGGAUUUUUAAAUGCUAAAGAGAAUGAUAGUGAUAGUGAAAGUCAAGAUGAUUCAGACUCGGAUGAACUUCACGUACAUUCUGUUGUUGAGGAUCCACGUGUAGCACUUGCUUGUGAUGACGGGUGUGUGCGGAUAUACACUAUUUCCGACUCGGAUGAGUUUAUAUAUAAUAAAACGUUGCCUAGGGUCAGUGGGCGUGUUUUAAGUGUGACAUGGAGUUCUGAUGCAAGUAGAAUUUAUACUGGGAGUAGUGAUGGAUUUAUAAGGUCCUGGGAUGCUAAAUUGGGUCGUGAGAUAUACAGGAUUACAGCUGGACUCGGUGGUUUGGGCAGCGAAUCUGAACUCUGUAUAUGGUCUUUACUUGCCCUCAGAUGUGGCACCCUUGUUAGUGCAGAUAGCACUGGUAGUGUUCAAUUCUGGGAUUCUCAGCAUGGGACACUGUUACAGGCGCAUUCUUCUCACAAGGGUGAUGUGAAUGCUCUGGCAGCUGCACCUAGUCAUAACAGGGUGUUUUCUGCUGGAUCUGAUGGUCAGGUUAUUCUGUAUAAGCUUUCUAGUGAGACAGUUGGAUCUAGUGAUGAUGUAUCUGCUAAGUCUAUGAAGAAAUGGGUAUAUAUUGGAUAUGUAAGAGCUCACACACAUGAUGUUAGGGCGUUGACAGUGGCUGUACCAAUCAGUCGUGAAGAUUCCGUGCCUGAUGAAAAGGUAAAAAGAAUACGGAGUAGGAAGAGGCCCAUUGAUUUUAGUUACCAUAAGUGGGCGCAUCUGGGGGUUCCCAUGCUUAUCUCUGCUGGUGAUGACACAAAGCUCUUUGCCUAUUCUGCCAAGGAAUUCACCAAGUUCUCUCCACAUGAUAUCUGCCCUGCACCUCAGAGGGUGCCUAUUCAAUUGGUUCUUAAUACUGUAUUCAACCAGAACUCUUUGCUUCUGGUUCAAGGAUCUAACUGGUUAGAUAUUCUCUGUCUUCGAAUGAAAAGUGGAACCACGCAAGAUGCUAGUCCUGGCCCAUCUAGAGACCAUGCAAAUACAGAUCUGCUUGCUCGGAUUAAAACUAAAGCAUCUAGGAAGAUCAUAUGCAGCACAAUCUCUAAUUCAGGAACACUACUUGCUUACUCUGACCAUGUUAAACCCAAUCUUUUUGAGUUGAAAAAGCUUAAUGGAAAAGCUUCAUGGACCGUUAACAAAAGGCAACUUCCUCAGAAAUUACCAUUUGCACAUUCCUUGAUUUUUAGUUCUGAUAAUGCACGACUGAUGAUAGCAGGGCAUGAUCGAAGAAUAUAUGUUGUGGAUGUGGGAAGCUCAGAGUUGGUUCAUACCUUUACACCUCGGCAUGAGGGAGAUGAUGAGGAAUUACCCCCAAGUGAACCUCCCAUUACAAAAAUGUUUACCAGUGGCGAUGGACAGUGGCUAGCUGCUGUCAAUUGCUUUGGAGAUGUGUACAUAUUUAAUCUAGAGACACAAAGGCAACAUUGGUUUAUAGCUAGAUUGGAUGGUGCCUCUGUUACAGCUGGUGGCUUUCCUCCUCAAAAUAACAAUGUGCUUGUAGUCACAACCUCCUUAAACCAGGUCUAUGCAUUUGAUGUGGAGGCCAAACAAUUGGGAGAAUGGUCUAUGCGGCAUACAUUUGUUCUGCCCAAAAGAUACCAAGAAUUUCCAGGGGAGGUUAUUGGGCUCUCAUUCUUGCCUCGAUCAAGUCCACCUUCUGUUAUUAUUUACAGUGCCAGGGCGAUGUGCUUGAUCAACUUUGGUAUGCCAGUGGAUCGAGAGGAGGAAAACGACCUGGUAAACGGUCAACAUUCUCCAUUGAAGAAGUUGCAAAACACUCUUAUCAAUGGGCGAUUGAAACGCAGGUUGAAAGAUUGUCAAACAGAGGGUAAACACCACAAAAACUUUGAAUUUCUUGCAUUCAGAGAUCCUGUUCUGUUCAUUGGGAACCUUUCAGAAAAGUCUAUCUUGAUCAUAGACAAACCGUGGAUGGAUGUGGUUAAAGCAUUCGAAGCCCCUCCUGUUCACAGACACAUAUAUGGAACAUAAACUUUGCUUCUUCCGUAGAUGGUUUGUUUACAGCCUGAGGAUGGAGAUUGCAUAUGUGGCAAUUGAUCCCGCAAUUUUGACAUCACCUUUGAGUUUUUCUUUUCAUACUGGCUGAGAGGGAGGGAUAGUUGUUGGGGAUUUGUGGGAAGGUGUGGGCAUCCAAAUCAUGUUGUCAAUUGUAUUCCAAAAAAAAUAAUUGUUAGACUUUGUUAAAGUAGCUUUUUUCUUUUUGUUUUACCAUACUGUUCUCUUUUACUGUUUGAUCUGUAAGUGCAUAGAUUAAAUCAAUUAGUAAAAUCUCUACUUUCUUCUUC